UUUAAGUAAAUGAGUUUUCAUUACAAAGACAUCUUGUUGUUCCUAUUUCAAAAACGAAAAGCUGGAUAUUAAUCAGCAUCAUUCGCUUCUGAUUAAAGAGCUGGAGAGACUUUGUCAUUUCAUCACCGCUUACUGCCAGGCUGAGUCUGGUUUCCAGGGAAACUAAAAACCAGAAGCCUUUAGUACUCUCAGACACAGUAAAAUCCAAGGACCACCAUCCAGUCAGAUUCUUCUGGAAAACAAACAAUUUCUGCUUCUUAUCAUUACGAGCACCUGCCAGCGAAGCUACGAGUAUCGGUUUAUACCCCGGAUCUUUGAAAUAUGGAGACCGUUCUUGGUCAGUCGUGGAGUUGAGCAAAACCAUCAGUGGUGUGAGACAGUGAGCCUCAGAUAUUUACAGCCCCUCUCUCAGAUCGACACAAACCCAGCUCGAAACUCAUGGAGGGUCCUGUUCUGACAGAAAGUGAAGUUUGGAAAGUUGGUUCAGGGACCAGCACAACUAUAAACACAAGUGACCGAAGUAUUGACUUUUCACCUCUUAUGAACGACAGCAUGCCGGAUGAAGUGCCUGAGAGUCCAGAAACGCCAGUCCAAGAGGAGAUCGAGGCGCAUACGGAUUCAGAGGUUACACCAGAUCAGAUCAAGUCUAUCAUUUCACACGAGCUACGAUUAGAAGAGGAUUUAUCAUCAACUCAACCAGCAGUCAGUAGUGAUGAGCCGUCUGAACCAUCAGAUACCAGCCUGACACCUGACCAACCAGACCUCAACAAGGAGGUGAACCAGGAGAUCACCAUACUGGUGACCAGUCAUGAUUGUAUUUUCGAGGAUGAUGAGAAUGAAGAUUUUGAGGAGCAGAAGAUCUCUUUCAUUGAUGGUCGAGGAUCAGUUGAGGAAGAAAGGGAAGGUGGUUCCAUUGUCGUGACGAACGUGAUAGAGGUCAGUCAGGUCCAGAUAACCAACGUGACACGCAAUAUAUCAACCGAGGAAAAUAUUAUUGUAGAUGAACCCAAAUUGCCUAGAGAUCAAGAGGAAAAUAAGGAGAAAACGAGAGAAGGGAGCGAUGAGACAGAAUCCGAAAAAGGCCAACAUGAACACAAACAAAGCACAGAUUCGUCCGACGCACAAAACAUGGACGCAAGCAAAACACGUAAUGCCGAACCCAGACCUUCAAUAGAAGUCUGCGGUGUGAAAGAUCAAACCACACAACCUGAAGGUGAAGAAGUAAACAUAAAAUUGAAGAAAACAGAAUCUACAGAAUCCAAGGAUGGUAGCCGGCUUCCUCAGGAUACACUUUCUUUGACUCGGUCGCCCGGACGCAAACAGCACGUGCAAACCCAAGUCAGUCUGGAGGUGAUGUAUCAGUCUGUGGCCACCAGUCCUAUGACACCUCAAGAGGGUACUUCUGCAUUUCUUUUCCCAAGCUCUUUUGGGAAGUUGGCCACCAAGUGUAGCACAGAGAAGGCCCUGACCAUUGAAACCAAAGAUGUCGAGAUGCAGGUGGGCAUGCAGGUGGAGUCUAGAUCAGUCGCAACAGCUCCGAUGACCCCUAUCAUCUUGACCGCACCUGAGGUCAUUCCCGAGCCGGAACCACGGUUAGGGACGACGGCAGAGGAAACGGUAGAACCUUUGCAGGAGGUGAGCUGGGAUGAGAAGGGAAUGACUUGGGAAGUGUAUGGUGCGGUGGUUGAGGUGGCGGUGUUGGGGACAGCCAUCCAGAAACAUCUGGAGAAACAGGUCAAGAAACAAAUUAAACAACCUUCGAUGCUCACCGUGACAGAUGCUCCUCAAACAGAUUUGACAGAAACGCCCAUUCCCGUCCCGUCCAGUCCUCCACCUGUAUCAGAUCCCGGCGAAUGCAGCCUAGUCGCAGAACAGAGUACGACGGUCGAGGAAAAGGAAGUGAAGAAGGGCAGACGUCGACAGAAUCCGUUUCGCAAAUGGUGCAGAAAUGUCAGAUUGCCGAGCUGUUGUUCAAGGCCACGUCAAGAUGAGGAAAACUGAGCUGAACUUUGGCUUCAAUGAUGGCCGUUCUGCAUUUGUAAUGACUAAUCUGGACAUUAUAUGAAUAAUCAUCAAUCAAGCUUUUUUUGCUAAGUAUUUUGCUUUUGUCAAGGCGUGCUAACGUUACCCAGAUGUUGUUGUGGUCAGUAAGGAUCACUUUUAAAAUGCCCUUUUAUAUCACUUGCUAAAUGUACCUUUAAAAAAAUACAAAUUAGUAAAUAUAACACUUCCUAGGAAUAUUUUAAAAGGUUAGUUCACCCAAGAAUGAAGACUUUAUCUUUAAUUACUCACCCUCAUGUCGUGCAAAAUUUUUAAAUGAAAGGUCAAAGACAUCGUUAAAAUAGUUUGUGUGACUACAGUGGUCCAAUCUUCAUUUUAUGAAGCGACGAGUAUAUGUGUGUUCGACACAUGACUUAAAAAAUAAUGAAGCUCACAGAUAAGUCAUUUGUAAAAAAUACCACAAUGUUCCAAACAAAUUAAAGUUUUUCAUUUUAAUAAAAUUUCUCGACUUUAACACAAGCAUGACUUCAUGAGCCAAAAAUCGGAUGGCUUCAAGGUAUCACAAGAGCGAUUUGUAAUUAGAUUUCUUCGAAUGAUUUCUCGAAUAGUUCUUGCGGUACUUUGAUGCAGUGGCGGGGGCGCAAAUUCAAGUGUUUUCAGAAUAUGUGUUUGUUGCGUCAUGUGCAUCACGUGUUUUGUCAAAAUAAGUGCCUGCUUGCCACGUGUCAAAACCGUUUAUGAUAAAAGAGAUGCUCACAUUCACAAAAUACAUGCAAGACAUUCGCUUAACAGUAAACUCUGAUUACGCAUGAGAUUAUGUGAAUAUCUGGCAAACGCGAGCAUCUUUUUUAUCAUAAACCCUUUAGACGCGUCUACAGCAAGCACUUAUUUUGACAAUACACAUGAUGCACAUAGGUCCACAUGACACGCUGAACACAUAUUUUGAAAUGACGAACCACACAUGACGGGCUACAUACAUGUUACAUACAAAGAAGUCACCGGCCGC